CAUCCUUCUUAAUUCUUCUCUCUUCAUAGUGCUCUCUCUCUCUCUGAAGAGUUCUUUUUAGAAAAAGGUGUUCUUGGGGAAGAAAUCAAAUGGGGUCUCAGAGAUUUGUUGGGUUCUGGCUUGUGAUUUUCUUGAUGGGGUUUCUUCUUGGCUCAUCUGAAGCUUACCAGUUCCAUGUCGGCGGUAGAGAUGGCUGGGUUUUAAACCCUUCUGAGAACUACACUCUCUGGGCUCAUAGAAACAGGUUUCAAGUCAAUGAUACUCUCCUUUUCAAGUACAAGAAAGGAUCCGACUCAGUUUUGGUGGUGAUCAAGGACGAUUACUACUCAUGCAACAUCAAGAAACCUUUACAGUCCUUAACGGACGGCGACUCCAUCUUCAAGCUUGAUCGUUCAGGGCCCUUCUACUUCAUCUCUGGCUCUGCUGAUAACUGCAAUAAAGGCCAAAGGUUGAUAACUGUUGUUAUGUCUGUUAGACCAAAACCUAAACCUACUCCGGUGCCUCAAUCUCCUUCUCCGGUGGGAGCUGCUCCACCCAGUAGUUCUCCUCCUUCCUUGCCACCGUCUCCGGCUGAUUCUCCCAGUGAUAGCCCAACAGCUCCAGCACCAGCUCCAGCACAUUCAGGUUGUGCAGGUUUUACUGGUUUAGUUGAGUUGGUUUUGGGUGCUAGUGUUGGGUUGAGUUUGAUUUUGGGUUAGCUUUAUCGGUUUGAUUUAGGAUGGUCAGACAAAGUGAACCAGAAAAGGCUUGGCCUUCAAUUUAUUUAUUUUGUUCUUUAUUGAUUUUCUAUUUUGGCUUUUGAUAUCAAUAAAAAUA